GCACCGGUUGCUCGGACUGAAAGUUGUUCGAAGUUCUAUUGUUCCGUUCGCAACGAUUAAAACAUGAUUAGAGUUGCGUUUAAUCCACUGAAGCUCCCUACGGGACCGGUGGGUCUACUGGCGCGAAGCAUAUCGUCCAGUGGAGUUCUUCAUGAAAACCACAAGUGUAAAUUGCUGGUGGUUGGUGGCGGAGCCGGAGGAUGCUCGGUUGCGGCUAAGGCCUCCAAUAAAUUGGGCGCUGGCAAAGUCAUCAUCCUAGAACCGGCCGAUAAACAUUAUUAUCAACCGAUGUUCACUUUGAUCGGUGGCGGUAUUAAAAGCCUCAAGGAUAGCUACAGGCCGAUGAAGACCGUUCUACCAGCGCUGGCCCAAUGGAUUCAGGAUUCGGCAGCCAAGUUCGAUCCCGAAAGCAAUACCGUUGUGACGGCACAUGGCGACAAGAUCGAGUACGAGUAUUUACUGGUCGCUGUUGGGUUGCAACUGAAUUACGACUCGAUCCCGGGCCUAGUGGAGGCCCUGUCGGUGAAGGAUGGCAAAGUGUGCUCCAACUACUCUCCGAAAUAUGUUGAUCGCACGUUUCAGGCCUUGAAAAACUUUAAAUCGGGCAACGCACUGUUUACCUUUCCCAACAGCCCGGUCAAGUGCCCCGGGGCACCACAGAAAAUCUUGUACAUAGCCGAGCACUACUUGCGCAAGUCCAACAAACGUAAAAAUGCAAAUCUCUACUACAACACGUCGCUCCCGGUGCUAUUUGGCGUGAAGCAUUACGCCGACGCGCUGUGGAAGGUAGUGAAAAAGCGCAACAUAAACGUUAAUCUGCGGACAAACCUGGUCGAAGUGAAGCCCUCGUCCGAUGAGGCAGUUUUCGAAAACCUGGACAAACCGGGCGAAAGGUUUACCAUCAACUACGAGUUCCUGCACGUCACACCGCCCAUGGGCGCCCCGAAUGUGCUGAAGGCGUGCAAGAGUCUUGUGAAUGACGUAGGUUUUGUUGACGUCGCCAAAGAGACUCUGCAGCAUCAACGAUUCAGUAACGUUUUUGCGAUCGGCGACUGUUCGUCGUCACCGAAUUCGAAAACGGCUGCCUCCGUAGCUGCCCAAUCGCAAGUGGUGUACAAGAACUUGAUGGCUGUGAUGGACGGAAAAACACCCAGCCAACUGUUCGACGGAUACGCGUCGUGCCCGUUGGUCACCGGGUACAACACGUGUAUCCUUGCGGAGUUUGACUACUCGCUGACGCCCUUGGAAACGUUCCCGGUGGACCAGAGCAAGGAGCGCUACUCGAUGUACCUCAUGAAGAAGGACCUCAUGCCGCCACUCUACUGGCACAUGCUCCUGAACGGCCUGUGGAACGGGCCUCGCUUGAUGAGAAAUCUGAUGCAUAUGCGCUUAUGAGGUUCAGACCUUCCACACGAUGGAAUAACUUUCGCGAUGAACUUUCUAGCACGUGUCUUAACGUGCCCGCACGUUCGUGAAUGUGAUUAAAAAACAUCAGGUACAAUGUAUUUACUGAUUAUUUUAAACGAUUAAUACAAUAUUU